AUGCCACAUCUCCCUGUUGAGAAGCCUGGCUACAAGGCUAUAGUGGAUAUGGGCAGUAAUGGUAUACGCUUCUCGAUCACUGACACUUCCCCUGAAGUCGCCCGUAUCCUCCCGGUCAUCUAUCAACACCGCACCGGCAUCUCCCUCUACGACGCCCAAUGGCAGGGCUCCGACGCUAUUCCCAUCCCCUCGUCCACCAUCAAUGAGGUUACCGCUGCCCUCAAGGCCUUUCAACGCACCUGUGCUGCCUUUGGCGUCCCCAAGUCCAACGUCCGCAUCGUCGCUACCGAAGCAACACGCACCGCAAAGAACUCCGUCGAACUCCAGCAAAGCAUCAAACAUGAGACUGGCCUCGACGUCGAGAUGUAUCCUAAGGACACAGAGGGGCUCGUCGGCGCAUACGGCGUGGCAUCCUCCUUUGACGCCGUUCGCGGCCUCGUCAUGGAUCUCGGAGGCGGCUCAACUCAGAUCACUUGGCUCGUGUUCCCGGACCAUGACCAUCCGGAGAAGGUCAGCCUCAGCGACAAGUUUUCCGUCAGCAUGCCGUACGGUGCUGCCGCGCUCCUGCGCCGGCUCCGUGAAGCCGAAGCGUCCGGCGCAGAUGCAGUCGCAGCGCUCAAGAGCGAGAUCACGACCGCCAUGAAAGACGCCGUGCACGCAAUCGGGAUUCCAGACCACCUCCUGGCCGACGCCGACGGGAAGGGUCUCAAUCUAUAUCUCUCCGGCGGCGGCUUCCGCGGCUGGGGUUUCGUCCAGAUGCACACACACCCGGUCCAGCCAUAUCCGAUCCCCCUGAUUAACGGCUUCCGCAUCGCGCCCGCAGCCUUCUACAACACAUCCGCCAUCACAUCCGCCGUCGCAAGUCUCGUGUCCGACGACCACAGCGCCAUCUUCCGCGUGAGCGCCCGCCGCGCAACCCAAGUCCCCGCCGUCGCCCUACUGGUCGAAUGCCUCCUCGCCGCCCUCCCCACCAUUUCAGACGUCUUCUUCGCUCAGGGCGGCGUGCGCGAGGGCACCCUAUUCCGCGAGCUCGCAAACGAUAUCCGCACUCAGGACCCGCUGCACGUCGCCAGUGCCCCCUUUGCCCCACCGCACGCACACCUCCUCGCGCCCAUCCUCAGCCACGCCAUCCCGUCUCAUGACACACACACCCCUGGCGAGCUCACCUGCCCAUACACCCCCGCCGACAUAUCCGCCUUUGCCGGCACACUAUACAUGCACGCCGCCCUCCCAAGCGAUGUCCGCGCCGCAGCCGCACUACGCAGCACCACGACGGGCGCCUUGGCCGGUACACACGGCCUCUCGCACGUGCGUCGCGCCGAGCUGGCCGUACUACUGUGUGAGAGCUACGGUGGCCGUAAGGCGCUGACAGGCGCGGAUCUGGUGUUCUACACUAGUCUUGUGCGUCUCUUGCCGGCGGCUAAGGCGUGGUGGGUUAUGUAUCUGGGCCGUGUCGCGGGCGUAGUUAGGGGUGUGUGGCCUGCUGGGGUUGUGGUCGGGGAUGUGGCGAGGUUGAGUGCUGGGUGGGUUGUACGUGGUGAUGGGGAGAAGGGUGGGGAGGGUAGGGUUGAAAAGGAGAAGGAGGGGAAGGGCGAGAAGGAGAAGGAGAAGAAGAGGAAAGUAGCAACUGUGCGAUUUGAGCUUGAGCUCCACGGUCCUGAGGGCGCGGCGCUGUGGACGGAGGAUGUGCAGGGCAAGGUGCGUGCCGUGGAGAAGGCGGGCAAGAGGAAGCAUUGGGUGGACUUGGACACGGGGUUUGGCGUGGAUGUGGUUGUGCGGAGGUCCAUAUAUACAUGCCCGCCCUAG